UUGCGCUCGAGUAUUACACCCGCGAUGUCGAUCUCGCACUCCAGGACCGCCUCGUUUGGCUCGGCGUUGCUCAGUUGCGCGGGUUAUGCGUAUUGCGCUGCUCAAUCGCUGUCGGCGUGGCGCACCUUCAAAUGGGACCUGGAGAGUGAAUGGGAAGGCUCCGAAGACCCCUGGAAUCUGACUGGCCUCAAACUCUUAUCCGCUCUCGUCGUAGCCUACUUCACCUUCGCAGCCAUUGCCUGUGUGGUCGGUCUCUGGGGUGUUGCACGAAAUUGCCCAGCCAAAGUCCGGUUCUAUCGAGAUUACUCUAUCGGAGACUUCGCCGUCUCGACCAUUGGCACCGGGCUGGUGAUAUUCUCGCUUUCGAAUACCCAAACACGGUCGGAAAUAUGCGAACAGCUAUCGAGCAGACCCGAAGUUCUUCGGGACCUAAUCGAAAGUGGUCUAAGCCUGGAGAACUGCGAAUCCUGGCUGGAGAGGUCGGUGUACGGGACUGUGGCAAUAAUGGGCAUCUUGCUCAUGUUGAGAGCGCAUGCCCUCGUCGCCUUGAGCGUAUACUAUCGACGUCUAGUUCGUCCGCGCACUGCCGACUUCUCCACGAUGUUUCUGCAAACCCUCGAUAGCGACAUGCAUCCCCAGCGAGUCCUCUUGUUACCUGGUCAUAGGUCGAGGUCCGGAAGGCAACUUGUAUACGCCCCGGUCUCCCUUUCUGAGGCCGAUGCUCGUCAAUUACAUGCGACCGAAGCCUGGAUCGCGCCGUCAGCGUCGUCCACAAUGCCUGCCACCUUGUCGCCCACCAACGGUUCUCGCCAUAGGUACUGCGAGCCUACAGGACGCAUUUCCCUUCCCAUCGCCCCAGGAGAAGGACUCUUGCCAGUGUACAAGGAGACGGUGUGAAGAAGGCGUUGUCAUUUUUCAUAGGUCGCCCGUGUGUUCGUCCCCUCUUUGACCGAGAUAUCACACAGUUCAUACCCAUCGCUGCAUUGCGUGUAAUAUCCACCGUUGGCCGUAAAGCUUCUGUGUUGUAGCUUCAUGUAUCUAGAGCACGUCGCGACUAUAGAGGCAUGCUCCCUGAG